AAAUAAAUCCCUAGCUCCAAUUCUCGUUCUUCUCCCAAAAAAAAAAAAAAAAAAACCUUUUUUUCUCCCUUUUAUUCCUUUUUACCCCCUCUCCCUAAGCGGAAUAAUGUCGGGCACCGAAACCGCUACGAACUCGUCCGAUCCGACGAAGAUCGGAGAAGAAAACCUAGAGAAAGACUACACCUCCUCCUUCGAGUGCUGCGUCUGCCUGGAUCUUCUUUACAAGCCAGUUGUUCUGGCAUGUGGCCAUGUUUCUUGCUUUUGGUGUGUGCAUAAAGGCAUGCAUGGUUUGCGAUCAUCUCAUUGCGCACAAUGUAGGCAACCAUAUAUUCAUUUUCCUAGUAUUUGUUCGCUACUCCACCUUUUGUUACUGAAAAUGGAACCUGUGGCCUACAAAAGAAGAGAAAAAGAAGUGCUCGAGGAAGAAAGACGUCGUGAUGUAUAUUCACCUCAGUUUGGGGAGUCUGUGAUAGCAGAAGAUAAUGUGGGUGCUUUAGAAGAGAUUCAAAACUCUAAUGGGGAUCUUAGAGCUAGCAAAAUUAUAGCUCUUAAAGAGUUUCUCUCUCCAGAAAAUGGCCUUGAGCAUGGAAAGCACAAGCAAGUUUCUGUCGUUGACGUAUUGUGUGCGCUAUGCAAUGAACUGCUAUUUCACCCUUCCGUGCUUAAUUGUGGACAUGUAUUUUGUGAUGGCUGUCUGCCUGGCCUAGCCAAUGGGCCACUUACAUGCCCAGUUUGUCAGAGCAUGCAUCCUGGAGAGUUCCCAAAUAUUUGUUUGGAUUUGGAUCAUUUCUUGGAAGAGCAGUUCCCAACAGAGUAUGCAAUGAGGAAGGAGAAAGCACAACUUAAAAUAGCAGAACGCCGACAUGGAGAUUCAUCAUCCGGUUCUUUGCGAGAUGGGAAAAAAGCUGAUUCACGCUUUUCGAAAGAUGAUAAUUUACUUCUAAAGGAAGACUUGCAGAAUGUUCACGUUGGUGUUGGAUGUGAUUCAUGUGGGAUGUAUCCUAUUAUCGGAAAGAGAUACAAGUGUAAAGAUUGCAAAGAGAAGAUAGGUUUUGAUCUAUGUGAAACAUGCUACAACAGUAGUUCAAAACUUCCUGGCAGAUUCAAUCAGCAUCAUACACCCGACCACGAGUUCAAACUUGACAAAUCUCAGAUGCUAUGUACAAUAUUGUUCAGGUCCUUUUUAGAUGAUUCUCAGCAAGAUAAUAUUCCUGUGGUUUAUCUUCCUGAUAAUAUUCCGGAUGACGAUGAUGAUGAUCUCGAUAGAAACAACGCUGCUGAUAGUAACAAUCCCACAGAAUAAUUUGAAGGUAAAUAUGCCAUUUAUGAGUUGCAUAGUCCCAGGUCAGAAUAAUUGGCACAGUGUGUAAAGCUCAACCCCCCUUGAUGUAAGGAUGUUUUUUUUGUUGUCCAUCUUGCAUUUGUUUGUUUUUUUUUUGGCAAAAUGCAAAUCAUACUUGAUCCUUUCUGCCCACAUUUUAAUUAUGUACAGUAACCCUGUUCUCUUGCUGGCCGUUUAUCUUGAUAAACAAAUCUACAUGAAUUGCUUGAUG